CCGCCUCUAUCUCUAAUGACACAUCGAUCCUGACGGGCUUCAAAUGUCCUCCCCAGCCCCCUUCAUCCACUCCCCCCUCUCCAUAAGCUCCCGCCGUACUCCAAAAUCGCAAUUCACAUACAAGCAGCUGCACCAACUCAAAUCCUACAGCACAACAACACCCCUCCGGGUAAUCGCCCACAUCGACCUCGAUGCCUUCUACGCUCAAUGCGAAACUGUGCGGCUCGGCCUCUCCCCCAAUCUCCCCCUCGCAGUCCAACAAUGGCAAGGCCUCAUCGCUAUAAAUUACCCCGCGCGGGCCUACGGUCUGAACCGCCAUAUUACAUCCACGGAAGCGCUGAAACUAUGUCCAGAGGUUCACUUACAGCACGUUGCGACGUGGAAAGAGGGUGAUGAGAAAUGGGCAUAUCAUCCCGAAGCAUAUAAACACAUUGCCACGCAUAAAGUCUCGCUAGAUCCGUAUCGCUUGGAAAGCCGACGGAUUUUGAAGUGUAUAAAAGAGGCCUUGCCAGAGAAAGAACAGCGCGUAGAGAAAGCGAGUAUUGAUGAAGUCUUUAUUGAUCUGAGUGUGCAGGUUCAUCGGAUAUUGUUGGAACGGUAUCCAGAGCUGAGAGGCCUGGCUCCAUAUGAUGAUCCGAUGGAACGGCUACCGAAGCCCCCGACGACGGUGUUGAAUUGGGAGGCUGAUACGUUGAUUGGUAUGGGGGAGGAUGGAGAAGGCGAGGAGAUGGAUCCGGAUUGGGAUGAUGUGUGCAUGGUCAUUGCGUCGGAAAUCGUGCGGGAUGUUCGCAGAGCUGUUGCGGAGGAAUUGCACUAUACGUGUUCGUCCGGUAUCGCGCGCAAUAAAAUGUUGGCGAAAUUGGGGUCCGGAUACAAAAAACCGAAUCAGCAGACUGUCAUCCGGAAUCGGGCUGCCAAGCACUUUUUGUCGGAAUUUAAGUUCACUAAGAUUAGGAUGUUAGGCGGGAAGUUGGGGGAUGAGGUUGUCGCGAUGUUUAGUACGGACCUAGUGCGGGAUUUACUAGAGCAGCCAUUGGAGCAGUUAAAGCGGUUGGGAGAUGAUACGGGGUCGUGGCUUUAUUCUACGAUUCGUGGGGAAGAUAAUAGUGAGGUCAAUCCCAGGACACAGAUUAAAAGCAUGCUGUCCGCGAAGUCGUUUCGACCAGCCAUUAACUCCUUCGAACAAGGCAUCCGAUGGCUGCGCAUCUUCGUCGCGGAUAUCUUCUCAAGGUGUGUCGAAGAGGGCGUUUUAGAGAACAAGAGGAGGCCCAAGACGAUCAAUUUACACCAUCGACAGGGCAUGCAGACGAGAAGCAGACAAAGUCCGAUUCCACAGGGGAAACCUCUCUCGGAAGCCAUGCUGUUCGAUCUUGCGAAGAAUUUGCUCGCGCAGGUUGUGGUUGAUGGGAGGGCAUGGCCGUGCGCAAAUUUGUCGUUGAGUGUUGGUGGUUUUGAAGAUGGAGUGACGAAUAAUAGGGGAAUAGGGCUUUUUUUGGUGAGAGGGGAAGAGGCAAAGGCUGUGCUUGCGAAUGAGAGAGGAGGAGGAUUGGAGGCAAGGAAUUCAGGGCCACCGCCGGCAAAGAGACGGAGGCGUGAGAGGGAGAAUAUUCAGAAUUUCUUUAGGGCGAGAGAGGAAAGAAAUCAGAAGGAUUUCAAUGUGGCACGCGCAUUUUUAAAAGCGAGUCGAGAGACUACAAGAGACGAAAUGGAGGAGGAAUACCAGGACGACGAAAGCGAUGGUUUCGAGCAUCUACCUUCGGAGCUUGAUUUCGACUCACCGGACGCAUUAUCGAGACCUUCUACACCACCUCCACAUCCACAUGACCCCAACGGUAACCGAUAUGACACAGGGACACCUCCUUCUGCGCAACCAAAUUCCCACCUGGACAACCCUCCACCUUAUCAACACUAUUCCGAUGCCCCGCAUAAAGCACCAGCGCUACAUCAGCAAACCAUCGAUACAUUUUUCUGUUCUCGAUGUAACAUCCACCUCCCAUCAACAGAGAAAUCCGAACACGAGGACUUCCACUUCGCAAUGGAUUUGUCCAAGGAAAUAAGGGAAGAGGAGAGACGGCAAAUCCCGGCCACCUGGCGGAGGUGGGGUGGGAAGAGGAAAAGGAGGGAGUGGAAUUGGAUAGGGAGUAAUGAAGUUGACUUCAUCCUAUCGUCGUUCCAAGCAUUUGUCGUAUCACCGUCUUUAGGCAUUUCCUCCUCGUCAUCAAACCUGAUCUCCUUCACUUGA